AUGUACGUGUUCAACGCGCUGCUGCGAUCGGAAGCCGCCGAGAAAGCCGCGGCGGCGUCGAAUAUGAACGCGAAAUCGACAGCCGACGGCGUCGGCGCCGCGACGGACGACGACGACGACGACGACGACGAGCGCGAGGUGGACGUCCAUCGUCACAAAGGGUGGGGUGUGACCGACACGAAGCAGCCGUUACAAGACGCGGUGAUGCGCGUGGAGAACGCGAUGCGGACGAUGAUCGAGGGCGGGGUCGAACCCGACUUGCACUCGUUCAUGGCUCUCCUCGGCGCGUACGCGAAGAUUGGGGACAUCGCGAGCCAGGGCGACGCGCUCGUGGGGAUGCAGCAGCGGUCGAUAACGCUCGAUACUUGGGCGUUUAACACGCUUCUGCGAGCGUGCGCGGUGGCGUGCGACCUCGACUCGGCGAUGAAAAUUCGAUCGCAGAUGCGCGUCUCCGGCGUCGCGGCGGACGACAUCACGUUCCUGCACCUCUACACCGCGUGCGCGCGCCGCGCGCGCCAAGUCGCGCAGAUGCUCGGAGACGCUUACGCGGACGAGGAGACGACGGCGUCCGCGGGCGUAGUUUGGGACGACGACGGCGCGUGGGACGACGACUUCGGCCCGGGCGAGAGCGCGCGCGGUCGAAAAAGACGCGUCAAGGCGGAGUCGCACGCCGCGUUGACAGGGACGUUGAUCGCGCCGCCCGCGAUCGUCGGGGUCAAGGACGUCGCGUCGCUCGCGGCCGCGGCCGCGGCCGAGGGGAUCUCGUCGAUGCGAGGGAUGAUCGCGCGCGGCGGCGGCGCGGACGCCGACGAGCUCAAGAAGGCGUGUCCGUACGAAGCCGUCCGAGGCGAUCUCGACGCCGCCGCGUCCGGUGGGUCCGGCGGGUCCGGCCGGCGGCGCGCCGUCGCGUCCGUGUCGAACCCGGGCCCGCGGGGCGAGCCCCCUGAGCUCGCGCGCGCGAGAAACGCGCUCUUCGCGUUCAGGGACGACAUGACCGAGGCUGGCGUCGCGUUCACCCCCGCGUGCGCGUCGGCGCUCAUAAACACGCUGGGGUCGCUCGGCGAGUUCGACGCGAUGAUGCAGGCGCGUUCUAUCUCACACUGGUCCCCAUACGACCGCUUUCUUCGAUCGCCGCCGCCGGGGCUGGAGCCGAACGCGCGCAUGUACACGAACGCGAUCCACGCGCUCGCGCGAUCGCAGCACCACUGGAGACGCGACCGCGGCGGUCGCUACCUCGGCAGCGAGGAAGACACCGGCCCGAUCGCGGCGUUGAAGCUCGCGGACGAGAUGAUCGCCUCCGGGUUGAAGUUUCAGGUAAACAUGGACUCGUUCAACAUGCUGUUCAAGUCCGCGCUGGAGAUCAACGCGUUCGCGCAGCUCGCGGGGGAGAUCAAGGCGUCGUACGACGAACACGUCGAGAGAGGCGACGCGCACUCGGGCGGAUUUCAAAACCGCGCGAUGCUCCCGAACGCCUUCACGGAGCAGAUCCUUCGACGGACGGUGGCCAAGUCGCACGCGACGGACGCGCACGUCGCGCACGAGCUCUUGGUGCAGUUCGGGUUCGAGAAGCCGGACGAGAUCGACGACGGCGCGUGGAUGUCGUUGGACGAGCGCGCGGCGUUGAAGCGGGGCGGGGGAGGGGGGUCCUACGUCGGGCCGGGGAGUCGGAACGACUUGGACCGGUACGGCGACCUGAGCGACGAGGCGUUCGAUGACGUCGAUCGCGACGACGACGGCGACGACCGCGCGUCGACGGGGGAUUGGGGGUUGGACGAGCACGGGGAGUGGGGGCCGCUUUCGUCGGACGACGACGACGCGAGCGGCGGCGAAAGUGAAAGCGGCGAAAGCGAAAGCGACGGCGACGGCGACGGCGACGGCGACGGCGAAAGCGACGGCGACGGCGACGCCCGGCGCGCGUCCAAACGGCGGUGGGGGCGCAAGAGCUGA